GCGGAGUGACGGCUGUGCGUGCCCAUAAGUGGACCGCUACGCAGCCUGCUAGUUAGGGUUUUUUUUCUCCCCUUUCGCUCUUUAGGUCGUUCUGCUCCUUCCGGACCGUCUUUUUCUUCUCUACCUGCAUCUUUCCGGACGUGGAAGGGCCUUACGCUCGCCUGCCUGUGAGCUAUGGUGCUGAAGGCUGUGUGCGUCUUGAAGGGCGACGGCCCUGUGCAAGGCACUAUCUUCUUCGAGCAGAAGCAGGUUGGAGAGCCCGUGGAACUCUCGGGAAGCAUCAAAGGACUAGCGGAAGGCGAUCACGGAUUUCACGUCCAUGAGUUCGGUGACAAUACUCAAGGUUGUACCAGUGCAGGUGCUCACUUUAAUCCUCAUUCCAAAAAACAUGGUGGACCAACUGAUGAAGAGAGGCAUGUGGGAGACCUCGGCAAUGUGACGGCCAACAAAGACGGGGUGGCGACCGUGUCCAUCAAAGACAGUCACAUUGAGCUCUCGGGACCCAUGUCUAUCAUUGGCCGCACCAUGGUGGUAAGCAUCAGUGUCGAGUUCUCACCGGCACGCGCGUGCCCUUUCUGGCUGCUUCCUGCACAAGUACAGCCACCCGACACUUGUAGGUUCUUAGUAAGGAGACGGGCCUACGUUUUAACUUGGCUUAGACUAAAGCAAUUAAGGGAACAACAACACGGACCUUUGUUACUGCGCUGUUGAGGUUAGAUGCUCAUUUCUUCCCCACUCAGUAUCAGGAAAAUUGUUAAAUUUUAGAAACGGAACGUUUAGUAAUAUUUGGGGCAGAAAAGGGGGCCUGACCGUACUUGAAUCUGAAUUGGGAAAAAUACCGCGUCAUCUUAAAAUGUUAGGGAGGGGUCGGGUCCGUCUUAGUGCCAUAGUUGGUUUAAUACCCAAAUAACUCAAGUAUCAGAUUUUACUAUUUGAUCUGCCAAUAUUUGAUUUCUUUUCUCUUCCCUUCACCGACCUUUUCUUUUACGGAUUAUUUGCAUAAAUUGCCCAGUUGCUGUAAAGAGGGGGAGGCUCUAAGGAAUUAACUGGUUUUUAAUCAAUCUGUUUCACUUCUAGGAGAUCUAAGAAUGUUAAAAAAAUCUAUAUUAAUAAAAUAUAAGAAGUAGUAAUGAAUAAUAAAAAUAUUCUUUCAGAUAGUUUAGGGGAUAUUUCUGGGCCUUGUUCAGCUAUGCUGUCUUACUUACCAUUUUGUUAGAAUUUGAGCCCAAUCUUGACUUGUUCCCUCAAUUUGUAUUUGGUAUAUAGUGCAAAGUUAUUAGAAAAUUAUUGUAAUUUCUUUGGCAUUAUGGAAGUCUAAGAUCAAUGUGCUCUGGAUUUUUUAGCUUGUUAAUUUCUAUAAUAGCAAACUGUUUAGGACAGAAUUUAUUUAGGGUACAUCACCAGAGCCUAUAACAAAUCCUAUUAAAUGUUACAGGUUUUCCUAAAAAGAUUAUCUUGUGUUAAGUGUUUAGUGAUCACUAAAGGUCCCCUUGACAUGCCCCUUAACCUAUGUACACGAGUCUUACCUUUUAGGGAUUAAGGAGGAGAAAAAAGGCCAUGUUAUUAGCCAUUGAAGACAUAGCUUAAUUUUCUAAAAUGCUUCUUUAAAUUUUUAACUUUUUAAAAACUCUUUUAUUUUUAAGGUCCACGAGAAAGCUGAUGACUUGGGCAAAGGGGGAAAUGCAGAGAGUGAAAAGACAGGAAAUGCUGGACCUCGCCUAGCUUGUGGCGUCAUUG